AUGGCGGAGUUAGACCUGAGUCUGAGCGACGCUCUGGUGGACAGUGGUCCGCAGCAGGGUCAGGAAAGCCGGGUGGAAAGGGACUUUGUGGCUCAGCUGGAGGCGGAAACCUUCGAUGAUCAAAUAGGGGAGACUGUAGGCAAGACUGACUAUAUCCCUCUUCUGGACAAUGAUGAAGCUAGUACAGGUACAGCAUUGGAAAAUGGAGGACAACAAGCUCAGGGGGUGCAAAAGCCUGGUUGUAUACUGACCACAGGAGGGCAGACAUCAAUGUCACACCUAGAGCAUCAGGGAGAGGGGAAGCCACACAAAGUUGAUGAUCAGCCACAGCAGUUUUUGGCAGCGGACUUCUUAUCAGGCAGCACCCCCCAAGCUCAUUGCUAUUAUGUUUUACAUCUUGUUUUAUAUUCUUGUUUUUCAGAUUUCUCCAAGCCUGCGGGCCCAGGGUUGAAUAUAGAGGUUGGGAUUGCAUCCCUCAGUCCAGAGAAGCCUCCAAGUAUCGCUGAUCCUCUGCAGCCCGCACCCUCAGUUGGCUCAGAGGCCCCUAAAGUGUCCCAUAGCCCCAUGCUGCCUGAACCACAAGCUCCACGUAGCCCCCUGGAUAUGUCAGCAGGUGCUCUAGGUGACUGCUGGCCAGACCUGACUGGUUGCCUAUCGACAGACCUCCCUUUCAGCCCCAGUGUCACAUCUGUGAUCAGUCGUCAUGCUAACAAUCUUGCAAUGAUUCGCGAUGACACACCUAAGACUUGGCCCAGUGGAGAAAGCACUCCUUAUGCCGGAGGUGAUGAAAGGGAUGUAGAGGAAUCGGACAAAAAACAGAAGAAAAAGAAGAAAAGGAGACAGAAAGACGAGGGCUCUUAUGAACACUUCGAAAGCAAGGGUCACCUUGAAGGGCAUUCACAGGGAGAAAAUAUUCCUUCAGGAGAAUUGCUCUACCAAAGGACUGAAACGAAACGAGAUAGUGGCGACGCUGGCUGGGAGGAGCAAAUUUGGAAAAGUGGCGGACGAGGUAAGAAGGGCAAAAGCAGGAAGAAGAUUCCUGAAGAGUGGGAAGUGUCUCCAGAGCCAUUUGCUUCUUCAUCCACAGUUAAAAUCACUCAAGAAGUUAUGAAGGAUCUUGAAAGUCCAGCACGAACAAGCAUGGAUAUUUCCUUUGCUGAUAUUAAUACCAGCCAGACCCCUUGGAAAGAGGAGAGCUUCACGGAUGAAGGCCUCGUGCCUUCUCCACUAUCCCAUGGUAUAUUGGCUCCUGAGAAAAUUUCCAUCAGUCCACUGGUCUUGAACAGCGAGCUAAAAGCUACCGCAGCUCCAUUCACUAUGCCCUCCUCGACCGGUGCUGGGCCACUUGACUCCUUUCACAUAGGCCCUAGUCCUGGUGAACCAUUUGAAGUGCUAAUUGAUACUAAAAAUGCCAACUUGGGAGAUAUGGUUGACAGUGGGAUGUUUGACAACUCUGGUUUCAUCCAAAAGCCUGUUAUACAAGCCAUACCUGAGGUAGAUACUUCUGCUUUCACCCCUCCGUCUAGGCCAGAUUUGGCUCUUUCCCCAAACGGUGAUGUGGUUGCAUCGGCCCCACCCCUUUCCCCUUCAGAUGCUUCAUGGCUCCUGAAUAACUCUCACACUAGCAGCAACAGUGAGCAAUUUGAUUUCGGUGAUAUGAGCACUUCCACUCAUUCUGUACCUGCUGGACUGGUAUUUGACAGCCCUUGUCCAGCCCCUCUACGUUCCCCCAAAACCACAGCACAGGAAUUCCAAAUAAAGGAACACAAAAAUGAGCAGUCAGACAAGACCCAAUCUAAGAAGUCUCGUUCUUCAUCCUCCUCCUCAGUUAAGAGUCCCACCACCUCAGAGGCAAAGAAAUUCACUACCCAAGAAUCUCCAACUAUCAGCCCCUCUUCCUCCCCAUCACUUGUCUCAAUUGGAAUUCCAGCAUCUGGCCUUAACCCUGCAGCAAAGCCCUUCUUUCCCAGCUUUGCUGAUACCGUGGAACAACCAAGUGUGGUUUCCCCCAUCAUAGAAGACAAUGUUGCCAAGUCUGACCAAAAGAAGUUGGAGGACAAGCCCAAGGUGGACCUCAUUGAUUCAGCUGAGCAAAAGCCCGUGAAGGUUGAAUUUGCAAUCAGUGAGACGUCAGCGAAGGUGGAGAAAGAUGUCGGAAUCGAAAAACAAAAACAAACCGAUGUCAAUCUGUGGCAAGAGCCUGAAAGUGUUCCACACAAGGAGACAGUUAAGGUUGUUGAGGGAAAAGAGCUUAAUGCAACUGAAAAACCCGCAGUGAAAGUUACAGCAGAUAAAGACUUUAAAAAUGUUCCUAAUGAGAAAGCGGAAAUGAAAGUCAAAGAGGAGUCUGAAAAAAUGAAAGAGAAGCUACCAGAGAAGGCUGAAGAAAAACCAAAAGAGCCAGAGAAAGUGGAAUUAGUCCAGCAGAAAAUGGAAAAAGUGGAUAAAGGGAAAAAAACUGAUGAACCUGCAGACAAAUUGCUAAAGACUGAGACAUUUGACAAGGUAGAAAAAUCAGAAAAUGUGGCCUUGAAAGAUGAAUUCAAGCAAAAAGAGAAAGUGGAAAUAAUUGAGGCAAAUGUCGGGAACAAAAUUACUGAGAAGACUGAAAAGACGGAAAUGAAGGACGGCAAAGAGCAACAUGUCGAAUCCAAAGUGGAAAAGACCCCCGAGCAACUGCCGACACCUGUCAAGCUUGACGCCACUCCUGACAAAGCGGAAAAGAAGGCUGACAUUGCAGCUGAUGUGGAAGAAGCCACGAAACCUUCAGCUCAAUCACACAAAGCUGAAAAAGCUCAGAAAGAGGAUGAAUUGGAGAAACUAUCAGAGAAACCAGCGGAGACGGCAAAGCCGCUAGGUGGAAAGGAAGACAAGCAGGAGAAGAUACACAGUGACAAAAAGGCAGUGGAGAAAAAGGAUGACAAAAAGGAAAAAGCCGUAAAAGCAGAUGGAACAGAGAAGCCGAAAAAAGCAAAACCAAUCACCACCAAUGGGAGCAGUGCAGCGCCAAUUAAAGAAUUGGCUAGUGCAGACAAGAAGACAAAGCCUGCUGGGGCAACAAAACCGAGCACCAUCUCCAAAACACGGCAGGUCACAACCGCUGCUGGUAGCGGUUCUGCUUCGGCACCCACUAAGCACCCCAUAUCCUCUUCAAGCACAUCCACUUCAGAUAAAAAAACAACUACCAAGGCCCCAUCAACAGCCGCUGGUAUUCCAAAGAGGCCCUCAACCAAUACUACUAGCCGCCUUUCAUCCUCUACCACUGUACGUGAUGUUAAACCCAAGACACCCACAGAAAAGCGUCCCCUUGUGCCAAAGGCCAGCACUGCCACUGCUGCUACCAAAAACGGAACAACCACCACAACUACCAGUAAAACAACCACAUCGACGCGCACAACAUUGUCAACCCGCAACGCGACUACUACCGCAUCCAGAAAGCCCCUGGUCUCUAAGACAGACGGCCAACCAAGUGGAGAGAAGAGACCAAGCACUCUGAAGACAUCCACAGCUGAUUCCACCAAACCCAAAACCACCGCCACCACAAUGAGGAGCACUACUUCCACUACGAGCACUGCCUCUCGCACUCGAACUACAGCCGCCAAAACGACUACACCCUCCACCACCACCACCACCACCGGUGCACCGACUGAGAGGAAGCCCAUGGUACCCCGUGCUCCCAGGGCCACCUCCUCUACGACAACUAACACGACAACCAGCACGACAAGGACCACAUCUCGUCCUGGCACUGCACCUGCUCCCGAUAUCCACAACGCCCGCUCAAAGAUCGGCUCUACGGACAACAUAAAGCACCAACCAGGGGGUGGAAAGGUGUCAGCUGUCUCUAAAAGCAGGGUCCCAGCCUCCAAAGACAAAAGCCAGGUCAAAGUUCAAAUAGUCUCCCAAAAACUGGACUUCAGUCACGUCGGCGCACGCUUGGGCUCCAAGGACAAUAUGAAGCAUGUUCCUGGUGGAGGGAAUGUACAGAUUCUCAACAAAAAGGUGGAUUUGAGUAAGGUGACGUCAAAGUGCGGCUCCAAAGACAACAUCAAGCACAAGCCCGGUGGAGGUGUUGUGAAGAUUGAGUCGCACAAAGUCAACUUUAAGGACAAAGCUCAAUCCAAAGUCGGUUCUAUGGACAAUGUCAGCCAUUCACCAGGUGGAGGAAGUGUCAAAGCUGAGGGGUCCCAGGAGACAGGUGAGGGUGUUGGGGCAUCGUCACUCACCCCUGGCCCAGAGUCUGGGCAGGUGGGGAGCCCUGCUGCCCAUGAGAAUGGGCUGAAGGAGGCAGCUCCCUGUGAUUCUGAGUGUCUCCAGGAGCCCCAGGCCCUGGUGUCCCACAUCCCAGAGACAAAAAAGUUAAAGCUGUUAAAUCUAGAGCCUACCUUAAGGCAUCUAAUUCUGCUGUCCCUCUGCCUUCCUCAUCUCACUGCCUCCCCCUCUUUCUUGUUUACCCUGCGCUUAUCCUUCCUUUUCUUUCCAACAUUUCUGCCGCAGAUUGAGUUUUACAAGCUCAACUUCCGCGAGAAGGCUCGCUCUCGUACGGACCACGGCGCCGACAUCGUCACCUGCUCCUCCUGA